AUGGGUGCCGUUUCGAGCACCGAGGCCGAAAGGGAGCCGCUUCUCGUCCCCUCUUACACGGAGGCAAACAGUCAGCCGGUAAACAGCAGAGUGUACGGGAGAAGAUGGCUGGUUCUGACACUGUUUUCCCUGCUGGGACUAAUGCAAGGGAUGGUGUGGAACUUCUGGGGUCCCAUCCAGAACUCUGCCGUUCACGCUUACGGCUUCACCAAGUCCGACAUCGCAGUCCUGGUUCUGUGGGGUCCAGUGGGGUUUGUCCCCUGGCUGCUGUUUAUGUGGUUAAUGGAUAAAAAAGGUUUGCGGGCCUCCCUCCUUCUCUCAGCAUUCUUCAUGCUGCUAGGGGCUGCUCUACGGAGCAUCCCGCUGACAGACCAGCCUCUCAGACGAUGGUUAAUUCAUGGAGGUCAGUUCCUAAACGGUUUAGCCGGCCCAACCAUAAUGAGUGCCGGCCCCUUCCUCUCCACCACGUGGUUUGCUCCUGACCAGAGAGCCACUGCCACUGCGGUGGCCUCACUCUUCUCCUACCUGGGAGGCGCUGCCUCGUUUGUGGUUGGACCUCUAGUAGUUCCAGCCCCUAAUGACACCCUUGCAGCAACCACGAUGGCAGCAGCAGUUUCCAACAGCUCCAUCAGAGACAGGAUCCAGCUGGUUAUGUAUGCAGAAUUGGCUGCAAUUGCUGUGCUUUUUGUGGCAGUCCUGCUCUAUUUCCCGUCACGCCCACCGAUGCCUCCCAGUGUGGCCGCUGCGAGCCAGAGACUCAGUUACAGGAGCAGCAUCUGCAGACUUCUGAGCAACCUGCGGUUCUUGAUGAUAGCGCUUGCCUAUGCAGUCCCCACAGGAGUGAUUGCUGGCUGGGCAGGAGUCCUCGACAUGGUCCUUACACCAGCCAAAGUCAGCCAGGUGGAUGCAGGGUGGAUUGGUUUCUGGUCGACCGUUGGCGGAUGUGUGUUCGGAGUUGCAAUGGCCAGGUUUGCAGACUCCAUCCGGGGGAUGCUGAAGCUGAUCCUGGUGCUAAUGCUGGCAGGUGCCUCACUGUCCUCUACCUGGUUCACACUCACCUGUCUGAGCAGAGUCACUCACCUCCCCUCCACUGCAGCCAUCCUGUACACUUCCUGCAUCCUGGUGGGCAUUUUUAUCAACAGCAGUGUGCCAAUAUUCUUUGAGCUCUUCAUUGAGACGGUGUACCCAGUCCCUGAAGGCAUCACCUGCGGGGUGGUCACCUUCCUGGGCAACCUGGUCACCGGCCUGCUCCUCUUCUUCCUCACCUUCUACUGUAAAGAGCUGUCAUGGCUGAACUGGUGUCUAACCGGCUCCUGUCUCUUCAGCCUCGUCCUCAUCCUCUUCUUCAGGGAGUCCUACGACCGCCUCUACCUGGACGUCUUUGUCUCCGUGUGACGCCCCCCCCCCCCCCCACGGGUCAAAAACAACGUUAACAAUAAAGGACUGAAUAAUUAUUCUUGCACAAAGUCGAGGAGAAAAGGGAGAUAAUGUGGAAAGCCCACACUCUUUUAAGAUGUAAGAUUUUAGGAUGUAAAUGUGGUGACGGUGGUGAUGCAUUGCUGUUGUAUGGCUGCCGAGAAGAAGCAAGAAGCGUCAAUGUUUACUCUUUAUACUGACUCGAGGCCAUAUGACUAACACAUCAUUACCUGUUUUUAUAUGUCAGUCUAUGUUUGUAUGUAAAAAAAACUUUUGUGAACGGUUAGUUUUUUUUUAACCAAACGCAGCAUGACCGACUGUUAAUUGUUGUUGUUUACAGAUAAUGUAAUAUUUAAAGAUGUUCUCAGUGUCGCCCCCGUGUGGCUGCUCGGUUCACCUCCCCGACUGUCUCUAAAAUGACUGGACACUGUCCUGAAGCUGGAUAACGAGCUGACUCCAGAUCAGCAUUGAGUGUCGGCCACUAACAAGGAAGUAAAGCAUUAUAAUGGGACAGGUUUGUCAGCCAAUCAGCAGGCCUGGCUGUGCUGAGUCGGGGCUCAUCAGUGGAAACUACAUUUUAUUACCCUCUCAAGAUGAAUAUUAUGCAAGAACAGAAAUUACCAACCACACUGAUGAUUGGAUGUCAGCCAGAGACGUGGGCUGGGAUUGGAUGAGCCUGCGCUUUUUUUUUUCACCAAUGAACUGUUCAUGUGGAAAAGUUCCCUGAACUGUUAUACAUUCACAUUUCAGAAGUUCAUCAGCCUAUUUAUGAUUCAUAAUGUCAAUUUCCAAGAGAUUUGUUGUUUGUGUGUUUGUUUUUUAAAUCUAAUAAUGUUAAUUUGUUUUUACUGUUUUUAAUAUUUUAGUUGUCCUCAGUAGUCUGAUAGUAUUUAUUGGAACUGUCUCAACACUAACACAAAUGACACCCAGUUUCACUAAAACAGGAUGUUUGGUGACGACUGCAAACCACAGCCAAGGCACACUGAGGGAGAUUAUUUUAUUAUAUAGACAUGAGGAUUACGUCGUGUUGUAAUUGCCAAGCUGCUCCCACUGCAAAGCACCAGCAGGUGUCUCUGCGCCAACUGAAAGUCUACUGACAAAAACCUUAAGGGAAAAAGAGGGAAGUAGCUAUUUUUUUUGGAUUCCUUAACUGAUAAAACCUGAGCUGUAACAGCACUCAGAUCUGGAAGGACAUAACCACAAAGAAACACAUCAAGGCAAAUGAAAAACAUCUGUCAUUUACAUUCUCUAACUUGUCCAUGAUUUCUCUAUGUCUCUUUGUAUUGCACAGCAGAUAUAUGAAUUGUUUUAAUGUGUUUUCCUCUGGGCUUCGAGGAGGCUCUGUAAUGUUUUUCCUGGUGCUUGUAUUUUUUUUACUCUCCUUGUACAGAAAAGGUUUGUCUUUUACCUUUUGACGUGUUGCCUUAAUUGCUCAGUGCGGUGCGUUCAGCCUCCCUCUCUUCCACACUGUGACUAGCUUGUAUAUAUUGUUAAAGGUCACGUUCUUCACAGCACAUACUCUGUGGUUUCCUGGGCUUUGGGUUAUAAAUGUCCUUGUUCUGUGGAAAGGAAAAAGAACAAAUGUGACUGUCAGAUAUUUCCAGCACCUUAUUAAAAUGAACAUUUUAAGAAUAA